UGUGUAACUGAUCCUCUCUCUCCGGCUCACACCCCCGCGCCCGAAGUUCCCCCAAUGCCGCCGCCGCCGCCGCCGCCGACCUCGCUCUCGCCAUCCUCCCCCACGCCUUCAACCGCACCACCCCCAUCCCCGCGCCAGAUCGCCGCCCUCGUGCUUAACCACCCGUCGUCCAACCUCACCACCGCAUCGGCCCGCUCCCUCUCGGCGUCCCUCCUCGCCGUCGCCCCGGCCCUCCCGACGCCCGUGGCCAACCGCGUCCUCAAGCUCCUCUGGCACCACGCGCCGCGCGCGCUCCUCUUCUUCCACUCGCUCCUCCACCUCCCCACCCGCGCGCACGCCGUCUCCCCCUGCACCAUCGACCUCGCGCUCGACCUCUCCGCGCGCCUCCGCCACCCACGCCAGCUCACCAACUCCAUCCUCGCGCUCUUCCCGCGCCUCCGCAUGCCCUUCACCCCGCGCACUUUCCCCAUCCUCUUCGAGCGCUUCGCCGCGUCGCAGCGCCGGCCCGACAUCGCCGUCCGCCUCUUCCUCUCGCUCCACCGCUCCCAGCGCGUCGUGCAGGACCUCCCCCUCUUCAACUCCCUCCUCGACGCGCUCGGGAAGUCGCGCCAUGCCAGCAAGGCCGCCUCCCUCGUCCGCGCUCUCGAGCGGCGCUUCCCCCCGGACGUUGUCACGUACAACACCCUCGCCGACGGAUGGUGCCGCGUCAAGGACACAUCCCGCGCGCUUGACUUGCUGCGGCAGAUGGCCGAGUCCGGCAUCACGCCCACGAAGACAACCUAUAAUAUCAUCCUCAAAGGCUUCUUCCGUGCUGGGCAGAUACAGCACGCGUGGAACUUCUUCCUCCAAAUGAAGAAGAGGGGGGCCAAGGACGAGAGAUGUAAGCCGGACAUCGUAUCGUACACUACCAUCAUUCAUGGGCUGGGUGUUGCUGGGCAGCUAGACAAAGCUCGCAAACUGUUCGAUGAAAUGUCUAAAGAAGGUUGCACGCCGUCUGUGGCAACUUACAAUGCGCUUAUCCAGGUGAUAUGUAAGAAGGGAAAUGUGGAGGAUGCAGUCACAGUGUUUGAUGAUAUGGUUCGACAGGAUUACGUGCCAAAUGUGGUCACCUAUACCGUCUUGAUUCGAGGUCUCUGCCAUGCUGGGAAAAUUGACCGGGCUAUGAAGCUCAUGGAGAGAAUGAAAGAUGAAGGCUGUGAGCCAGUCGUUCAGACAUACAAUGUUCUAAUAAGAUAUUCAUUUGAGGAAGGGGAGAUCGAGAAGGCCUUGUGUUUGUUUGAGAGGAUGAGUAAAGGAGAGGACUGCCUGCCUAACCAAGAUACAUACAAUAUCAUAAUAAGUGCAAUGUUUGUGCGCAAGAGGGCUGAGGACAUGGCAACGGCGGCGAGGAUGGUGAUGGAGAUGGUGGAGAGAGGCUACUUGCCAAGAAGGUUCAUGCUCAACCGCGUUCUGAAUGGGUUGAUGUUGACAGGGAAUCAGCAAAUUUCUAGAGAUCUGUUGAGAAUGCAAGAGAAAUAUAGACGCCUGCGACGAGAAAUAAGAUUGUGAUUGCCAUUUGAGUUCUACAAUGGCAUAAGGAUACAAUGUUUUGCGCAUCUUGAGGCUUGGGUACAGAAGUAUGGUGCAACCCUCGUGCCUGGCAGUUCAUACUUGAUACUCCUGUUGUGGUGUUAUGAUCAGUCUGAUGUUUCAGGGACACUUGAUUAUUGGUUUUGCAGGUGCUGGAUAUCUAGCAAAGCAGUGUUGUCUUUAUUGACCUGACUGUGUGAGCGAACAUACUGCCAGACGCCAAGAAGUUCGGUCGGGUGUUCACGUCGUACCACAAUAAAGAGGGCAAGUGCAAGUUGAAUGGGCAAAGCAAGUGGAGCCACACUGCUAAUUCCAUCAAACCGCUGACGGUGGAGGGGAUGAAGUUGAUUAGUUGGACAAGGAAGACCACGAAGAAGCUAGAAGAGGCGGCGUCCAAGAUGAUGGACAAGUUCAAGGACAUCAUGGCGAAGGAGGAGGCAUAUCUCAAAUGCAACGAGCUUAAGAAGAGGAAAAAAGGUGGAGAGAAUUACGCAAUCAUGGAAAUACUAAAGAAGAAGAUGGAGCUUGAGGAGAGGAAGCUUGCGGUCAAACAAACAUGCGAGGACCAAAAUUUCUUGUACGUGAAAGCCGGCAACUUGGAUCCUGAUGUGGUGUAGUUUGUUCAUGAAUCGUGUGGUGGCAUCUACGCACACUAUGCACAAAAGGGAGGUGGAAAAGAGGCCGGAAAUUGAGUCAUUCGCUUUUGCUAGUGGUUCGAUGGUUGUACAAUUUUUUUUGAAGAUAUGAUGUUUUCACUAUUAGUUGCAUUUGUUUUUAAUUAUUUAAAUGUAUCAUUGAAUUUGACAAAGAGAUGAGGCCGGGCAAAUGGAGAAAAUUGUGAGGGAUAUCA